CUCCGGCCAAUGAUUGCUAUCCGAUUUCGCUUUACCUCGAAUCGAAAUCUCCGCGUUUGACUGUUUCUCUUUAUUUGAUGGUAGUGUGAAUGGGAAUUAGCAGCGGGAAAGUAGAAAUGAAGACUGCGAGUUGUGAAAUUACAGGAGCCGCUAGUAAAUGGUAUCCUGCUAGCCUAUAUGGGUUCUCACGCACAGGCCCUCCACAAACAAAGACUAGCUGUAAACAUUGCUAAAAUCAUCUGUCAAAUGUAGCUAUACUAACUGGCUAUGUUAGGCAUGGUGGUCAGACUGGUGACGUCGACGGGAUAUCUUGAAUUUUGUUUAAACAUGAAGAAUUUUCCAAAUCCCGCGACUGGACAGCGGUGCGCAUAGCUACAACACAGCACAAUGAGACAGAUAUUUCACCGGAUGUAUAAAUGCGAAGCAUCCGCUUGGCGUUUCUACUCCAGGAGUGAGGAUGGACGGCGACAGUUCAACGACAGAUGCCUCUCAGUUGGGAAUGUCAGGGGAGUACAUGGCAGGAAGCCACUACGUUCUCCAGUCACAGGACGAUGACGGUGAUGAGAGCCUGCAUGACCAUGAGGAAGGCAACGGCAGCAAGGAAAACUUCCGUGAGCAGGACAUCUACCUCCCCAUCGCUAACGUGGCUCGCAUCAUGAAGAACGCCGUCCCACAGACAGGAAAAAUAGCGAAAGAUGCCAAGGAGUGUGUGCAGGAGUGUGUGAGCGAGUUCAUCAGCUUCAUCACGUCGGAGGCCAGCGAGCGCUGUCACCAGGAAAAGAGGAAGACCAUCAACGGCGAGGACAUCCUGUUUGCCAUGUCCACCCUGGGGUUCGACAUGUACGUGGAGCCCCUGAAACUCUACCUUCAGAAGUUCAGAGAGGCGAUGAAAGGGGAGAAGGGAAUCGGAGGCGUAUCUGUAACAGAGGGACUUGGAGAAGAACUCACAGACGACAGCUUCGCGAAUCAGUUGCCUGCUGGAAUAAUAACUGCUGAUGGACAACAACAGAAUGUCAUGGUGUACACCACCUCGUAUCAACAGAUUCCUGGAGUGCAGCAGAUCCAGUUCUCUUGAUGAGGUUCCGGAAUUCCCCAUUCUGAAUCGGAACACGUUGUUUGGAAUGGGGAGGAGAUUACUGCAUUACUGAACACUCAGGUCAAAAGAUGGUGGUCGGAAGAUGAAACACCCAUGGGCAAGUGAGAGGGGAGCGUAUGCAGAACUUUGGGUUUGGAUCAGAAUCAGAUUGUUUUGGUCACGAUAAAGAACCGGACUGGAGCUGAUCUGGAGCCAGUUAUUUGGCUGUUUUUCGUUUGUUUGUUUAUUGGAGAUUGUUUUCAGAGUACUUCAUAUUUUUUUGUUUUCCUCCAUGUUGUGUAUCACUUUUUGAGUUUUAUCCGAGUUUGAGGGAGGGAAUGAAUUGGGGGUGGCGGGCGUGAACAUGAGAAAUAAAGUUGAAAUGUGUGUCUAGGGAAUUGGUGACCUCUUUGAAGCAAUAAAAACAAAAGUAGUUGAAUGUUGACUUCUGAACUCCAUUGUGAACAAUUGUGAGUGGAAUGCCAUUAUUUAAAAUUAGAUUAAUGUAACUCUUUUAUAAUUUCUGUAAAGUUAUUUUAUGUCAGUCCUUUUAAUAAAAAUGUAAGCGUGA